AUGGAUCCUCCCUUCGAUGAGGAGCCAGUUUGGAUUACCAACGAAGAUGCUCGUUCAGAGCCAUCCGAGCCGGAAGAGUCGAUCGAGCUUCCAGAGCUGUCGAACGUCGUAGAGCCCAAAUGUGCGGAAAUCUUUCGAGCUACGCGUCCCGAAAGCUGGGCCAUAGACGCAGGGGAUUUCUGCCUAUUCCCCUCCAAGCCCAAACUGUGCUUCCAGAUCCACCAACGCUCUUCCUGGAGCCAAAGUGCCCCGUUCCAGCUGUUCAACCUCUGGCGUCCGGCAUCAUACUUUGGGGCGACGCUCACACACCUCGGUCCGACCCCGAUCAAGCUGAAUCGCGACGACCUCAUUGUGACUGGCUAUGAAGAUGACACCGUGACCCUCAAAACGGGUGACACUGGUGCUAUUCCCUUCACGCCCGCAAACGUCGUCGCCUGUCUUGACAUCGACCGGCCGGGUUUUCUAUGCUGCACCGUCUGCUUUUCAUAUCGCGGUCGGGUCAUCCUCGCCAACGGCGAGCGCUGGAGUUUUGAUGAAAUCGACAAUGAAGUCCAUACGUUUACGCGGGAGCGUGAUGGCGACAGUUUCAGGGGGAUGACCGAGGGAAAGAGCCUCACCUGGGGGUUCUACCAUGGCUCGACGCGGCGCACUGGUGACGUCCCGCAAGACUUGCCGUUCACUAUGGACCGCGAUACGCGGAUUUGUCGAAUCAAUCGGUCUGUUACUCGUGCAGAUCCUCCCCAGGUAGGAGCUGUCCUCGCGGUUAUGAACCGAGAUGGUAUUGUUUGCUGUGAGGGGUUUGAGAAGAAUGCUGAGCUCGAGACGGCGAACAUUCGGGAAUUGGUCGUGAUGACGGCUCUUGCGGUUGCGCAGUAUGCGAACUGGCUGAAAGAAUGA